AUGUCUAAAAUAAAGAAAGCACAUUCACAAGUAGAAUCAAAAAUACAUUGCAUAGAAUUAACAAGGAUUGAUGCCCAAGUAUUUUUAUUAAUUAAAGAUCAAAGGACACAAAAUUGGGCAACAACUUCAUGUUCUACCGAAGUAAUUAAAGAUCGUUCAAAUCCUCAUUUUGUCAAAAGUAUGUUAGUAGAUUAUUACUUUGAAGAAUUACAAGAAUUGAGUAGUUCACUGGGAUGUCAAGGAAGAAAAAUCCAAGGAAAUUUAUAUGAUCCAAAAAAUCCAUUAAAGGAAUGUGGAUACAUCAUAAUAUUAGCCGAAGAAUUUGUUCAAUCUAAAAGAAUUGUAAAAUUACAACUUCAAGCUAAUCAAAUGACAGCUAAAGGAUGCUUUAAAAAUUUUAAAAAGAAACCAGAUUUAUAUUUUAGAAUAAGUCGAGCUAAUGAAGAUAAUACAUUUUCACCAGUUUAUGAAUCUAUUUCUAUUGUUUCUGAAAAUCCAUUUUGGCCAGAAUUCGAAAUUCCAGAAAAUACAUUAUGUAACGGAGAUGAACAUUAG